AUGAAAAUGUUCUCUGUGUCUAACAGGGAAAAUGAGGUCGCACAACUAAAAGAUCGGCUUUUGAAAACUCUGCAAAGUUUAAAAGAAGACCAUUUCAAAGAACUGAAAUGGUCUUUGGAAAGCUCCACAAAAAUCCCAGUUUGCGAACUGGAGACGGCCGACAGGCGGGAAACAGUGGACCUGCUGGUGCAGAGCUUCCCCCAGCAGGCGGUGGAUAAGACCAUAAAAUGUUUAAAGAAGAUCAACAGAGAGGACCUGGUUCUGAAGCUCUCACCGUUCAACCCAGGAGCUCAACCGAAGAACAGGCGACUUGAGAAGAAACGCAUCGUAGAAACGGUGGCUGCAUCCAAGGAGCGGGGAGGCUCGUCUAUACCUGCCCUCAGUAAGGCUCUGGUUGCCCAAGGCUACGAUGUGGACAAAAACAACGCCCGCAUCAUGACCACCAUCAAUUGCCUGGUGGACAUAGGGACUCUGGUCCAGACCAAAGGGACUGGGGCACUAAAGAUGAACAAGAAAGCUGACACCAAGGCCAAGAAGCAAGCAAAGAAAACCACUCCUAAAGCUGAGAAGCUCGCCAUACCAAAACCCAAGAAACCUGCAGCCACGAAAUCUGCUGCACCUAAGGAGCUCAAGACACCUGCAGCCAAGAAACCUGCAGCCGAGACACCUGCAGCCAAGAAACCUGCAGCCAAAAAACCUGCAGCCACACAAUCUGCUGCACCUAAGGAGCUCAAGACACCUGCAGCCAAGAAACCUGCAGCCGAGAAACCUGCAGCCAAGAAACCUGCAGCCGAGACACCUGCAGCCAAGAAACCUGCAGCCAAAAAACCUGCAGCCACACAAUCUGCUGCACCUAAGGAGCUCAAGACACCUGCAGCCAAGAAACCUGCAGCCAAGAAACCUGCAGCCGAGAAACCUGCAGCUGAGACACCUGCAGCCAAGAAACCUGCAGCCAAGAAACCAAAGACACCAACCACUAAGCAGUCCUAGACGAAGGGCAAGAUGUCUGCAGUGACCAAGAGAGCAGCCAAAAAGGUUCCUCCACUUCGUGCAAAAAAGGUUGCAAAGCCCAAAGCCAAGAAGGCGGCACCAAGGAAGAAGUGA